AUUUGAAAUAACUUAUUCCGCUGUAAACGCUCAUCGUGAGUUCGUGACUGUUUGUUGGUCCGCGAGUGAAGAACCAAACAAUGACUCUCUUUACCAGCGUAACAGUUAUUCAAUUGUUUUUCCUUCUUUUGGCUCGGUUCACUUGUUUAACAACGGGAGCAUAUUUGGAAGACAAAGUUUUGCAACUUGAAAAAAAUUAUAUAAAAAUCAAAGAAGAUUUGGAAGCCAAAGUGGUUAAUUUGGAAACAAAAGUGGCUCGUCUAGAAGCCCAAGUUAACCACCAAGAAUCGAUUUUCACUGCUUUGAUAAAGAGCGAACGGGACAAAAAGUUCGCAUCACAGAAGGGCAUUUCGAGAAAUGUUGAAACGAAUGAACAUUACAAAAGAAAUGCUGCCCCUAGGACAUGCGGAGAGGUAUUUGCAACAAAUCCUCUGUUGGAUUCCGGCAUGUAUUGGAUAGACCCCGACGGCCAAGGAGUAGGAGACAAUGCCAUCAAUGUCUAUUGUAACAUGACAACCGGCUCGACUUCAGUUUUGCAUGACAGUGAACUUAAAAUAGACGUGGGAAAAUGCUCUGAUCCUGGGUGCUAUUCCAGGAAAAUCAAUUAUUACGCAACUGAAAAGCAAAUUGCAGCCUUGGUGGGAUUGUCAAAUAAUUGCAGUCAAACUAUUAUAUACGAUUGCAGCAACGCUCCCUUAAUAAAUAAAGAUGUCUCCUAUUCCUGGUGGAAUGAUAAAAAUGGAAAUAAGAAAACAUUUUCAUCUACCGGAAUGGCUAACUGUGACGGUAGUCUACGUAUUCAAGCCAUUGGAGUAAUUGAAAGUAAACAGGAUCUCCCAAUGACGCGCUUAAACUUUGGUGGAACCUCCCAAGGAUCGGGUCAGCACACGUUGGGAAGAUUGGAAUGUACAGGAAAAGUGAAAGUUGAAGGGAUGCCGACGUCGUGUGAUGACCUAUGGCGAAUUGGAAACACCAUGAACGGAAUUUAUUCCAUAGUGGCAAAUAAAAAAGUUCAAACUGUCUUCUGCGAUUUUAAUAAACGGCUUGGCAGCGAAAAAGGUUUUCAGACAUGGAUCGGAUUUUCCAACGUUAAAUCAGCGCAAGUCCAUUUUUACGCUAAAAUGAGUGCUGCGUUCACCAAAGAGAAAACUCCACUUCCGUUCAAAGAGGCGCGAAUAAACGUGGGAAAGGGCAUGGACUUAUCGACAGGGAAAUUUACAGCACCUCGAACGGGAUUUUACUUUUUCUCAUUCACAGGACUGGCAGAGUUUCCACUGGCAUCGACUUCUAAAACUUUAGGAGUUCGCCUACUGUUGGACGGGACUUCUGUCGGAAAUGCUUGGGUCAGUGAGCAGCACACCUUCAAAGACCAAUCAAGUCCUUUGACCCUUCAAUCGAUCCUCUACUUGAAAUCAGGCCAAAAAGUCUGGUUGGAGAUUGAUACAAUUUCAACAGGGGUGAAAUUGUUUGAUAGAUUCUACACUCAUUUCACGGGUUUCCUGUUGGAGGAGGAGGAUAUGAGCCUUUGAAUGGGUGUUGAAUAUUCAUCCAUGCACAAAACGACGUAAUAAUUCACCCAUGAUUUUUUGUUAGAUUUAGACUUAAGGGAAAUGUAUUAAGAAAGUUAAUUCGAUCCUAAUGCUUAGAGGAUGAGAAUUUUUAAUAAAACACUUUUUGUAUGCAAA